CGACACAGAUCUAAGAACAGCGCACCGAUUCUCGCUCCUCGUAAUAUAAAAGCGCCGCUCACUUCCUAUCGGCACUGUGUUUCCGUUGCGUACGAACCAACCAACAUGUCCGCCCUCGCUUUCCUGUUCUUCUGCUUCCAAGCUUGUUUGCUUCAGAAUGUCUGCAGUCAGUACCUUCGUGGUGCGUAUGGCCCUGGACUCGCUGGUACCACAUGUGGCUGUGGAGCUGGUCUCGCCCCCGCUGCAUUUUCUGCUUAUCCGGAAUUCGCUGCCUAUGGCGGAGCAGGUGUUGGUGAUGUAGUGGUAGCUGGUGAGAUGGGCGUUGCUGGUACAACUGCAGUAGUUGGUCAAGUGCCAAUCCUCGGUGCUGUUGAAUUUGGUGGUAUCGUGCCGGCUGGUGGUACCGUAUCCAUCGCUGGUAACUGCGGCUGCGGUUGCAAUGCUGCAUACGGUGCAUAUUCCGCUGCACCAUUCGCUGCAGCUGCUCCGUUCGCUGCUGCUGCACCAUUUGCUGCUCCAUGUGCAUCUCCUUUCGCUUACGAAGUUGCUGCCGUCUCAGCUUCAAAUGGCGGCGGUCUGGAAAUAGCCAGUGGUUCCGCUCUGCCCCCACGAGGAGUGUCUGUUUUAUCAGAAAACGCCAUAGAAGGUCCUCUCGCAGUUGCCGGCGCUUUGCCGUUCUUAGGAACCGUGGGCCUUGAAGGUGUUCUGCCAACUGCUGGUUUUGGUGCCGUCAACUACGGUUGUGGCAACGGCGCAGUUGGCAUUGUGGCUGAGGAUAUCGCCCCAGUUGGCAUCGCAAGUCCAUUCGGAUACGGUGUUGGUCCUCUCGCUGCUGAUAGAUUCGGCUAUGGUCCCUUCGGUUACGGCACAGGGCUUUACGGCCGUGCCGGUUAUGGAUGCGGUGCGUUUAUUUAAGGACUAAUAAAAUUUACCCAUAAAAUGUAGUGUUAAGCGAAUAAAAAUAUUGCACAUAA